AUGGGCCUACAAAUUGUAGCCCAUAGAUCUAAUUUCAGCUGCGCCUCAAACCCUAGAUCUAAUAUCAUCACCUCUAUUUAUACAGCUGAGUCUUCUUCUCCCUCUCACUGCGAUUCGCAUAGCAUCUGUUUAUUUUUCUUCAUAUUCUUUAUUUCCAGAACUCACAAGGCUAUAUUGUACCGAGAGGAAGGUUGUAAUAAAAAAAUAGAUACCUUUGCUCUUGAAUGUGCCAUUGCGGCUAUAGCUACAUUAAAUCGAAGAAGCUUACUGGCCGGUUAUUGUGAGAUCUUUUUCGUUCUCUGUCGGAAUUGUCUGAUUUACAUGGAUGGAAUGAGCCACUGGUGA